AUGAAGUUCCUAAAGGUUGGCCGAGUAGCCAUCAUAACCCGUGGCCGAUAUGCCGGAAAGAAGGUCGUCAUCAUCCAGCCCGUCGACAGCGGCAACAAGGCACACCCCUACGGCCACGCCCUAGUCGCAGGCAUCGAGCGCUACCCCUCCAAGAUCACCCGACGCAUGUCUAAGUCGCGACAGGACAAGCGAUCUAAGAUCAAGCCUUUCAUCAAGGCCAUCAACUACAACCACCUGAUGCCCACACGAUACACCCUCGAGCUCGAGGGCCUUAAGGGCGUCGUUUCCGGCGAGACCUUCAAGGAGGUCAGCCAGCGCGAGGACGCCAAGAAGAACGUCAAGAAGGUCCUCGAGGAGCGCUACACGAGCGGCAAGAACAGAUGGUUCUUCACGCCCCUGAGUACGCGUCCCUCUUCUUUUCUCUUUACUUACCUAUCCACGCCCACCUUAACCUCUAUAUUCAAUUCUAAUCCUUUCGUCUGCAUACUUCCGUCGUUCGGUCUUAAGGGGGUUCGGUCUGGGAUGUAA